AUGUACAGACCUCCAUCCGCAUCAUUUCCACCUGGGGCUUAUGGUGGUCCCCAAUCGCCAGUUGUAGGAGGUCCUCAUCCUCCUGGAGGUGGAUCGCCCUGGCCAAGACCGCCACCUCAUCAAUCCGGUCCUCCUACCACAGGCCCGAUUUGGAAAGAACAUCACACACCAGAGGGAAAAAAAUAUUGGUUUAAUACAACUACACGACAGAGUACGUGGGAAAAACCUGAAGAACUGUUGACUCCAGAAGAGAAGGCAUUGAUGAGUUGUCCUUGGAAGGAAUAUACCACACCCGAAGGGAAAAAGUACUACAGCAAUUCUCAAACUAAGGAAACUACAUGGCAGAUCCCACCUGAAUACAAAGAACAAUUAGAAAAGGCCCAACAGGCAAAGGAGAAGGCAGAGGCAGAAGCUAAGACCAAUCCUGCUACUAACAGCUCUGCAACCCCAGCUGUAGCUUCAACCACGACUAACACUCAACCAGAAGUUGAAAAAACAUAUCGAGUCCGUCAACCACUUCCUAGCGCAGCUCUUAUGGCACAAACACCAGCUGUCGAAUUUGCUACACGUGAAGAAGCUGAAAAGGCAUUCUUUAAACUUUUAAAGGAAACUAAUGUAAAAUCUGAUUGGACAUGGGAACAAGCAAUGAGAGCAAUUAUUACAAAUCCUCUCUACAGAUCUCUUAAAACAGUUGCUGAACGAAAGGCCGCUUUCCAUGCUUAUGCAGAAAGAGAAGCUAGACGUGAGCGCGAAUUGAGGGAAGAGCGCGAACAAAAACAUAGAUCAGCAUUCAUUCACAUGCUGGAAAAUAACAAAGCCAUCAAACCAUAUACUCGCUUCAAGAGUGCUUUAAAAAUUCUCGCCAACCAACCAGCAUUUCAACAAAUCAAAUCUGACCAACAACGUGAACAAUACUUUAAUGAGUAUGUAGAAGGGUUGCAACGUCGUGAGAAAGACAGAAUGAGAGAUCUUCGCAAGAGUAGCAUGGAUAGAUUUGCUGAACUGCUAAGAGACACUCCAGAAAUUACCUACGAGACCGAGUGGAGAAAUGCUCAAAAGAUUUAUAUGAAAUUACCCGCUUUGGAAGACCCAAAGACAUUUGAAGGCAUGGAUAUUUUGGAUUUCCUUUCUGUAUAUGAGGAGCACAGUCGUCUUCUUUGGGAACCUGUUUUAGCAGAUUUGAGCAAAAGAGCACGCGAUAAGAAGCGAAAAGAGAGAAAAGCUAGAGAUGGAUUUAAGGCCUUGUUGAAGGAACAAUUAGAUCAGAGCCACAUAAAUGCUCUUACUUUGUGGAAGGAACUUUAUCCUCAUAUUAAAGACGACCCACGUUACACUGGACUUCUUGGUUUACCCCAGUCUACACCAAUUGAUCUUUUCUGGGACCUUAUAUACGACCUCGAAGAGCAUUUACAUUAUCAAAAGAAGGUGGUUUAUGACGUAUUAAAGCGACGUGAAUUUGAGGUGACUCUGGAGACACCUUUUGAAACAUUCCGCGAUCUCGUAGCACAGGACGAAAGUGGACAUAGUAUCCCAGAAAAUAACUUGAUGAUAAUAUAUGAACAUCUAAAAAAUAAGGCAGUUAUUAAGCAAAAGGAAGAAAGACGUCGACAGGAGAGAAAGCUGCGACGAAAGAUGGACAAUUUGCGACAUGUUAUGAAAUAUAUUGAGACACCGAUUGGAGUUGAGGAGACCUGGGAGUCUGUCCGACCACGGCUCCAGGAUCUUCCAGAGUAUAAGGAUAUUGAUGAUGAACAGAUAUGCAUAGAAGUAUUUGAUAAGUUUAUCAAACGUCUCAAGGAGAAGCAAAGCGGACAAGAUGAAGAAGAAGACGAAGAAGGUAUUAUUAGAGAAGAAGAAGAAGUGAUGCACAACAGAUAUCGCAGAUCGCACAGUCGUGGGCCUGGUAGGCACAACCGACACGGUGAACGGGAAAGUGAUCACGGUAUGAGUGAUGAUGAGCGCCUGAGAAAGAGAAAGAGGGCGAGACACACAGGAAGACCAACCGAAUACGAUCAACCUAUGGACUCUGGUCGUGUAAGUGCUGAAGAAGGAGAUGCACUGGAUCAAUACGAAAAUGAUCCUCGUCGCCAACAUUAAAAAAAAGAAUAUUGAGUAUAGUAAUAAUAAUAAAAAAAAGAAUAAUUUACAAACCUUACAAGGAAAAUGACGAUUGAUAAUUCAAAUCUUGUAAUUCAUUAACUAUUAAAAACGCAUAUUUCAUAUACACAGUAAAAUAUAAGUAAUAUAUAUAUAUAUUCAUAAAAGUUCAUUCAAUCC